AGCAACAAUUCACUAAUUUUCUUUGCUGGCGCUACCUUAACCUCAACUACGCAAACAGUACUCCAGACCUAGAAAAUAAAAUACCCAAUCCCGACCUGUCCCCCUUAGCUCCCUCCUCCCGACAACAACCAUGGGCUCCAACACCCACCGCGCCGACGAGCGGCGCUUCCUCGACGAGCGCGGCUCCAACGCCGCCCUCGCGCCCAACGGCCUCAACCCGGCCACCAUCAUGGAAAAAGCCGUGCGCGAGCGCAUUAUCGAGAGCUACUUCUGGAAAGAGCAAUGCUUCGGCGUCAACGAAGCCGACAUCGUCGACCGCGUCGUCGACCAUGUGUCCUUCAUCGGCGGCACCCACGGCGGCAACCAGAAGCCGAGCCCCUUCCUAUGCCUGGCCUUCAAACUGCUGCAGCUGGCCCCCGACGACGCCGUGCUCGCCGAGUAUCUGCGCUACGGCGGCGACCGCUUCAAGUACCUGCGCGCCCUGGCUUGCUUCUACGUGCGGCUGACGCGACGCGCCGAGGCCGUGUAUACGAUCCUGGAGCCGUUCCUCGAGGACAAGCGGAAGCUGCGGCGGAAGGGGCGCGCGGGCACCAGCUUGACGUAUGUGGACCAGUUUGUCGACGACUUGUUGACGAAGGACCGCGUUUGCGCUACCAGUUUAUGGCAGAUGCCCAAGCGCGAGGUUCUCGAGGACUUGGAGUUGCUGGAGCCGAGGACUAGCCCGCUAGGCGAUAUCGAGGAUUUAUUGGAGGAUGAGGAUGAGGAUGAGGAUGAGGAUGAGGAUGAGGAUGUCGAUAUGAAUGGGGAUACUAAUGGAGACGCGAGAGCGGAUAGUGAUGAAGAGGGGUUAAUCGAGGAGGGAGAGCAGCUUUCGGAUAGGGGGCGUAGGAGAUCGACUUCUGGGUCAAGUGGGAGAAGAGACUCGGGGUCCCGUGGUAGAGAUCGAUCGCGAAGUGGCAUGGAUGUUGAUUCUAGUGGUGAACCUGGUAGGGAUGACCGAUGAGAGAAUAUGACUACGACGAGUUACGCGAUUGGCCCUAGAGACAGGGCCGUACAAAUUACUGCGAAAUAUCACGGCCACUUGGGAUGCAAGAUUGCUCUAUAUUCAUAGUAUGAGCAGAUGGUAAGGGUUAGAAGAGAU